UCAAACUCAGCGGGCAGCACUACGUCGCUCGCACACGAGCUUGGUUCAUGCUGCCGCGCAAGCCUACUCGCAUAGAUCUCAAGCCAGCGGACAAGGAAGAGGUCAGAACUCUGCUCUGGGACCUGGCUGUUCUACGAGAACCUCAAAGCUUUACAGCUGGAGCGCAAAGCGGCCCUGGAGCACGCUUCGGACGCGUUCUUGCCCGAUCCUCUCCAGGUGGAGAAGCGCUCCACGGCGGCGCGGAUAGGCCUGCGGAAGUGAGGCCCAUGGAGGUGGAGAUAAAGAUCCGGCUGCCGGACCGGGCGGCGUACGAGCAAGUGGCGGCGGCGCUGGCGGCGGCGCCCGGCGGCAAGGGCCGGCUCGACAGCCAUGCACAGGCCAACUACUUCUUCGACGGCCCCAACCAGGAGCUGAACAGCCGCAGGGUGGUGCUGCGGGUGCGCACCUACGACGUGGACAAGAAGGCCACCGUGACGCUCAAGGGCAAGCAGAUCCUGGAGAACGGCAUCGGCCGCGCCUCCGAGGUGGAGGCCGAGGUGCCGCCCGCCGCCGCCGCCGCCUACCUGACGCAGCCCAGCCGCAUGCUGGCCGAGGUGCCCAUCGUCAAGGACGCCGCCGAGAAGUUCGGUGUGGGCUCGCUGGUGGCCCUGGGGGGCUUCCAGAACCAGCGCGACGUGUACGAGUGGGAGGGGCACACGCUGGAGCUGGACGAGACCAAGUUCGAGCACGGCACGCUGUACGAAAUUGAGGUGGAGACGGAGCAGCCAGAGGUGCUGCGUGACCGGCUGGAGCACUGGCUGUCGGGCAUGGGCGUCAGCUACUCCUACUCGCAGACGUCCAAGUUUGCCAACUUCAUCAACAAGACGCUGCUAUAAAGAUUGUGUCUGCAGGGGCCCUGUUUGCGGAGCGGGUUCUGUGGAUGGGUCUGGUGACAGUGGGCAUCGUGCGCAUUCAUUUCCUUUAUCGCGGUGCCGAUAACGGUCCGGUGGGUGGGCGCAACGACGUUGGCACGUGCCGGUGCUGGCCCGCGCGGUCGUGGGGUGACGCUGCGUGCGACGGUAUGUAUGACAGAGGGGACAGGGUAGGUGGCAGGUGGGCGUAGUCCGUUAUGUGAAGCGUAUGUUCCCAAAGCCCCAUAGUCAACAGCCAAUGUAUGUUGUCCCGGCAUGAGCGCGACGCUGGUAGAAUGCCGCGGCGUCGCUGACUCUGUUGGCUGUCAGGCAGGGGUGGACACUCCAGUUCCAUGAUGCAAUGCGUGCGUGCCGGACGUUGCGGAUUGCGUCUGUGAGGAAAUGCUGCGGCACGGGAUGAUGAGCAACGCUGCAACCGAAGAAGAUGCUUUCAACGACGAGUACGCACGGUAUCGGAAGAGGGUCACAGGUGGUACGGAGGUGGGUGGUGUGUUGCGGAAGUUGCGCGGCGGGUGUAGGGGCCCAAUGCUCUCUGGGUGCAUCAAGGCCAAGCCGCCAGCAGCAGGCGCCGGUUGCCCCCAAGGGCGCGAGUGACGGCGGUGGCAAGCUGAUUCCCGUAGUUGCGGUGUGGGGCUUUGUAAGAGGUGUAAUACUGCGACACAGGGAGCGAUGGGACAGGGUAGGGGGCAGGUUGGUGAAGUCCCGGAGACCGUGGUGUGCAGCGUAUUCCCAAAGCCCCAUACGGCAGUCAACAGCCAAUUUGCGAUGUCCAGGCAUGAGCGCGACGCUGGUAGAUCGCCGAGGCGUCGCUGACUCUGUUGGCUGUCGGGCAGGUGGCCACUCCGAUACCAUGAUGGAAUGCGGGCGGUGCCGGACGUUGCGGAUUGCGUCUGUGAGGACGUGAGGUUAUGGUGCGCUGGGCGUUACAGGUGGUCCGUAGGUGAUCUGCCGGUACUUUUAUUGCGGGUCUUUUCGCGCGUUUCUGCACAGCUCACAAGUUGACUGGCGGAUAGGGGGACUGGGGGAGAGGUCUGGACAGGUACAGUCUGAA